CACAUUCCCACAUAUGUCUGACUGAGUGGUAGAUGGAGGGGGAAUGCUGAUGGCAGUUGGACGGAGGAUCUGCGCUCUGUCAGAGUGUGAAUAGCAGGGCAGGAACAUGGCCGCAGCAUUCCUCGAUGGCAAGGGUGCUCAUUCCAUCCUGAAGCGUUUCCCUCGAGCCAAUGGGUUCCUGGAGGAGUUAAGACAAGGAAAUAUUGAGAGGGAGUGUGGUGAAGAGAGCUGCAGCUUUGAAGAAGCCAAUGAAGUAUUUGAGAACAAAGAGAGAACGAUGGAGUUUUGGAAAACUCGCAGCAUCUACACCGUGAGCAGCAACGGUGAGGAGCGCUCAGAGCGGGCCAACACGGUCUACAUGGUGGUUCCUCUUCUGGGCGUGGCCCUGCUCAUCAUCAUUGGUCUCUUUCUCCUUUGGAGGUGCCAACUUCAGAAAGCUAACCGUCAGCGGCCCGCCUACACCCAGAACCGCUACUUGGCUAACAACCGCAGCAACCGCAGCCUACCACGCAUUCUUGUUCACCGGGAAACUGGUGCACAGACGGAAAGCUUGCGCCAGGAGUCCAGCUCAAAUCCCACUGUAGUAAUGAGUGGUGUUGAGAGAGGUGGAGGUUCCCAGUUGGACUCUCACAGCCUCUACCAACAGAACACUGGUGCUCUCUACGUCCAGGACUCUUCCCUGUCGGUGGGUUCUCGGCUUUCUGGGGCCACACCACCUCCAUCUUAUGAGGAGGUGACAGGACACAUGGAAAGCAAUGGUGAUGAGAUCUCAGCACCUUCGUUCAUCGACCCUCCACCCAAAUACGAGGAGAUCAUCAAUGAGAAAUGAAACAGAGUAAGAAUUAAUGCUGCCAUGGCUAUCGCUUCCUCUCUGAAGGAGUUGGUGCUGCUCUUCGCUAAAACCCAGACAGACCCAUUUUAUGGAACUUUGUUUCACUCAUGGGUGCCAAAUAAAGCCAGCAGACAUGUUUUCAUUCACAGUAUGGCCCAUAUGGCCUUGUGUUGUUAGGUUCAUGCAGCAGCUGGCCUCUCACACCUGCUGCACAGUCUCUGUGACUGUAAGGUUUUUUUCUGAGUGCAUUUCACACGACUUGAUACUCACAUAUAUGACGGUAGAAGUAUUCCAAGUCUAAGUCAGUGUUGUUUAGCUAGAUGUUGUCUUGGUUUGUUGUUUUAUGACUUUGGUAUUCACAGACAUAAUGAAGGAUGAAGCACAUACGUGGACAAGAUUAAAAAGCAUGUCAGCAUGCACGACAGCACGUUAACUCGAAAGGAAAGACCCAUAAUCAACAACCAGCUGUCGUCAGAGUCAUUAUGCUACAUCUGUAUUCCAAUUAGACGAUUCAAGUGCCAACAAAACUAAACUUACUUACUUGACCAUGCCAGGCCACCUCCACACACCACUUGUUGAUUAGCUGUCGGAGUAAAUACUUCAGUAUUCACAUGUUCACCUUAGCAACUGCAUAUUCUCACUGUCAGACAGUCCCCCUCACAAAAAUGCCUCAGAAAAAAAGAGAUGCGUGCCAUGGCUUCAUGGUGAUUACAGGAGGGAAAGAAAACCAAUGUGGAGCCAAGGACUGCACUCUGUUUCCUGCUUCAGGUAGAAUUGUAUAGGCCACAGAGUUCUUAAUAAUCAUUCCUUAGCACUGUGCCAUACAGAGUCAAGUGUAUUUUCUGCCAAAUGUACAAUGUCUUAACAUUCCGCAUAAGUGCUACCUUACCGUGACCGGCAGCCUACUUGUGGAUCAAACUGAUAUCGACUGUGUGCAGGCCUCCUCGCUGCUGCUGUUUAUGGUGGGGGUUUUGUAUUAUUAAGUUACAGCUAGGGAUAUUUCUAUUUGUUGUUUGUUAGUUUAAAUUAGUACAUCAGUGUUAAAAUGAUUAGUAGAUUAGUUAAUUGAGAAAAAUAUCUAUGACAGCUUUGAUAAUCAUUUGAGGUUAUUUACUGAAAAAAAAUGCCAAAAACUUGUCCUAAAACCUUUGUCUCUAAACCUUCUCUUUAAGUGGCUUUGCUUGUAGUGCCAUACAACAUGGGACAAAAUGAACUGCUGCACAAUGUAGGACAAGCAUCCAUGAGGUAGCUGUAAGCUGGGGCAGAUUAAGAGAAAAUAUAGUUCAAGAUAUAAUUCUUUAACCGGAUGAUUCACAAAACACUCAUAUUCACAAAUGCACCAUCACAGUUCUGUGUAUGUGAAUGCAUGAUGUGCACUGUGUGUAGAUGUUCACAUCCAUCCAUGCUAACCAUCAGUGUCGGUUCAUACAGUUUAACAAAGUGUGAAGAGAGUGUGUGUGAGAGAAACAAAACCUAAAGGGUCAUUCCAUGAAACUCAGUGGCUCCCACCUGACCCCCUCAUUUUUUUUUAUGUCCACAAACUUUAGAAUAUCUAUUAAAGCCAUGCAAAUUUUUACCUUCCUGCAGGUAAUAUUUACUGAGUUACAGGCCCUUCAGGUGCUUAGGAGUAGGUCUAAUUUGUUCUAUUUUCAGAUAAUUUUCAGCCCUCGUCACUUCUGAAGUGCAGGAGAUAGCAGCGUUAUACUUCCAGGAUCAAAAACACACUUGACGUCUGUUCUUAAGAAGAUAAACACUUCUUAUUAAAUAUUCAUUGUUCAGCAUGAUGUUCUCUGUAGCCAACUUAAACAUAAUGGGAUAUGUCACCAGUUUAGUGUCUAUGACAUAAACUAAUUAAAAACUAGCAUUGGUACCUAGAAUAUGUUAUCUACUGUUAAUUCACCUGAAAAAACAUGACAGUGCAGUUUGGGUAAACUUUCGCGGGUCGUGUCACCGUGUGGGGGUGGGUGGUUGAUCAAAACAAGUGAAAGCGUUUUUGUCCUCUCUAGUCACUAAAGUAACUACCAAGACUUGGCAACAGGUGGUUGACUAACAAUGACAACACAUUUUAUUGUACCAUAGGUUGCUGUGGUGAGGAAUUAACUCUGGUAUGUUUGGGUAUUUCUGCCAGGUAUGUGAUGCCUACAGGUGACCUUUUUUUCCUCUGGGCUACUCAGAACCGCGGUCACCCAAACAGCUAAAAUGCUAACUGUACCGUUAUCAGUCUAUGCAUAUCAGAUAGUAACUGUCAAACAAGAAAUCAAGAUACAUCAGUCAGAGAUUUAUUAACUCUCAUACUGACAUCUUUGUCAACUGGCCUAUGUACAACAAAAGCAUAACAGAAUUAUUGAAAUUCAAAUGUAGGUUUUGAUGUGCCACCCCAAGAUAUUCAAUGACCCCGUUUUGCCACCCCUAUGAAGAAUUUCUGGGGGCAUUCCUGUGAUGACAGAAGUUUGGAGCUGCACUGGAGGAAUAAAUAUGUCAAAUUUUACAUUUUUUAAAAAGUUUUACAGCAAAAGCAAAAGCCGUUUUUUAGUGCGUAAAAUAUAAGGUACCAGUGUGUUAAUCUUUGAAUUAAUUGUAAAUGUCUCUUUUCUACAAGAAUGUAUUUACUUCUUUAUAUAUCAGAAAUCAACAUAAUUUGCCAUCAGGGGCCAAUCCUUUUGCACACAGCUGUAUAGUUCUUCUAACAUAUGGCAAACUGCUGAACCAUUGCCAAGAGGCUGCAGGUUUCUCUGCAUAUAGUGUUUGGUUGGUGCCUUUCAGGAGAUAGUUAACUGUUAUGGAUUCAUCCCGACUUGAGGUUAGAGAGAACGUGACCAUGUGUUGUGUUGUGUUGAUGUGUGAUUAAGAACUAGAUAGGCUAAGUACUAAGGUGUGGGGACUUGUGUGGUUAGGAAUUAGAAAUCAGACCAAUUUUUGUCAUGCAAGUUUUAGACAAUUAGAUAUUCAGGUUUUCUUUUCAUAGUGGUUUUACAGUAUACAUAGUUCAUAAAGUGUGUAAAUGUGUAAAGAAGUGUGCUUUUUUUUGUAUUUUUACAAAAACAGGUCAAAUGCACUUGGUGUUUUACAGUUAUAUGCGUACUGAUUUAUGUCAACUGGAUUUGUGUAACUGAAAAAGAGUAUUUUACAGCAAGUGGUGGUUCGUGGUGUCUACUAAACGAGUUAGGAGAACAAGAUCCUAUGAGUGCUAGUGACUCGUUCACCAAGUCUGUGCUUCAGCAGUGAGAGCUGUCCCUGAGCUUUUACUUAUAUUGUUGCAUAUUAGUGAAGCUUUGUUUCACCACAUCUAAGAAGGUGCAUUUACAAUUUUCUACCAGUGUCUUAUUUUUUAUUCUUCUCUGAAAUUAUUCACUGCCUUUCCCACUGCCUGCAAGUGUUUCACAUGGGCCUUUGUUUUAUUACAUUUUAAAAAAUAAAUAUUCUCUGUUUUCAACAUAAUAAAUGAUUAAUCAGUU